AUGGACAAGCCCACCACUACACAAGAUUCUAGCAGCGACCAAUCGCCUUCUGACCACGAGAAGAACUUGGACCAGAGGCCUCCCGAUGGCAUCGCACAGCUCAACGAAGAGGUCCCUGAUCCGGAUGCAGGACUGAGCGAAGAGGAGCGCAAGAAACUCGACAGAGCUCUGUUAUGGAAACUCGAUGUCAGACUCAUCCCAUGGCUUUGCCUGCUCUAUCUUAUCAGUUUCUUGGAUCGAACGAAUAUCGGCAACGCAAAGAUCGAAGGACUCCAACAGGAUCUCAAGAUGUCCAACAACCAGUACAACAACACGUUGACAAUAUUCUUCAUUUCAUAUGCUCUCUCAGAACCAUUGACCCAGAUUCUCCUCAAGAAGUUCCGACCUAGCAUUUUUCUACCGGUCACGAUGAUACUAUGGGGUAUUUGCAUGACGACUAUGGGCUUGGUCCACGAUUAUGGCGGACUGCUCACAGUACGCUUCUUUCUUGGCCUUACUGAGGCAGGUCUGUUUCCUGGGGUCAACUACUUUCUAUCUUGCUGGUAUAAGCGAUCCGAGUUCGGCAUACGCGCUGCGAUCUUCUUCUCAGCCGCAGCGCUUGCCGGAUCGUUCGGUGGUCUCCUUGCAGCGGCGAUCGCCAAUAUGGACGGAGUCGGAGGCAAACCCGGCUGGGCAUGGAUCUUCAUUCUCGAGGGACUGGCUACAAUAGUGAUCGCGUUCCUCUCUUUUUGGAUGGUUCACGACUUCCCCGACGAGGCAACCUUCUUGACCGAGGACGACCGCCGCCGCGUUAUCCGCCGUCUGAAGCUCGACCAGCAGUCGUCUGCUGAGCACGAAGAAUUUAAGCUGGACUAUCUGUGGGCGUCUCUGCGUGACUGGAAGACUUAUACUGGGAUGGUGAUCUACAUGGGCUGUGAUGGCGCUUUGUAUGCGUUUUCGCUCUUUCUUCCCACCAUCAUUCAACAGAUGGGUUACAAAAAUACGCAUGCUCAACUACUGAGCUGUCGCAACAAUCACAGUAGCUACAUCGCUGAUCGCACUGGCAAAAGAGGCUACUGCAACAUGUUCAUGUCCCUGUUUGGCAUCAUUGGCUUUGCCAUGUUGCUCGGCUCUGGCGACCCGCACGUGCAAUACGCAGGCACUUUUCUCGGAGCCAUGGGCAUCUAUCCGUGCAUUCCCAAUACCAUCUCCUGGACCGCCAACAACGUCGAAGGUGUCUACAAGCGCGGUAUCAGCUUGGGAUUUGUCAUUGGAUGGGGCAAUCUCAACGGCAUAGUUUCCUCCAACAUCUAUCGUGCCGAAGACAAGCCUCGAUUCAAGCCAGGACAUUCAGUCGUGCUUGCCUAUGAGGCUCUCUGGCUGCUUGGCGGCAGUAUCCUCCAACAUCUGCUCUUGAGGCGCGAGAACGCUAAGAGACUGGCCGGGAAGAGGAACAGCUGGGUUGAGGGAAAGACUGAGGCCGAAAUCGACAAGUUGGGUGACAAGAGGCCUGACUUCCUUUACACUCUUUGA